UGCAAGGCUGAAGGCAUGUGUGUUUUAUUCCAGGUGGUUUGGGCAGAACAACAAGUCGUGAAGAAAAGGAAGAAGAGAGAUAUUUACACCAACCCGUCUGAUCCCAAGUUUUCAGAGCAGUGGUACCUGUACAAUGCAAACCAGCAUGACCUGAACGCCCGUGGCGCUUGGCAGCUGGGAUACACUGGCAAGGGGGUGGUGGUGUCCAUCCUGGAUGAUGGCAUUGAGAAGGACCACCCUGACUUGAUUGAGAACUAUGAUCCAGAAGCCAGUUAUGAUGUGAACGACAAGGAUCCCGAUCCACAGCCCCGAUACACGCAGAUGAAUGAGAACAGGCACGGGACCCGCUGUGCUGGGGAGGUGGCAGCAUCAGCCAACAACGGGAUCUGUGGAGUCGGGGUGGCUUUCAAAUCAAAGAUUGGAGGUGUGAGGAUGCUAGACGGAGAGGUGACGGAUGCAGUCGAAGCCCAGUCUCUCAGCUUCAACUCCGAUCACAUCCACAUCUACAGCGCUAGCUGGGGCCCCGAGGAUGAUGGAAAGACUGUGGACGGCCCCGCCAAGCUGGCGAAGGAGGCGUUCGAGCGCGGAGUCUCUGAGGGUCGAGGUGGGCUGGGUUCUAUCUUCGUGUGGGCAUCGGGUAACGGAGGGCGGGAGCAUGACAGCUGUAACUGUGACGGCUACACAAACAGCAUCUAUACCCUGUCAAUCAGCAGCAGCACGCAGUACGGGAACGUGCCCUGGUACAGCGAGGCCUGCUCCUCCACGCUCGCCACGACGUACAGCAGCGGGAACCUCAACGAGAAGCAGAUUGUGACCACUGAUCUGAGACAGAAGUGCACAGACUCCCACACCGGGACCUCUGCCUCCGCCCCGCUCGCAGCUGGGAUCAUUGCUCUCGCCCUGGAGGCUAAUAUGAACCUGACCUGGAGGGACAUGCAGCACCUGGUCGUGAGAACCUCUCGCCCCGCCCACCUCAACACCAACGACUGGAAAACCAAUGGUGUGGGCCGCAAAGUGAGUCACUCAUAUGGCUAUGGGUUGCUGGAUGCCAGUGCCAUGGUCACUCUGGCCCGGAACUGGACCAACGUGGAGCCGCAGCACAAGUGUGUCAUCGUGGUGCUCUCCGAGCCCAGGGAUAUUGGUAAUCGGCUGGUCAUCACCCAGAAGGUGGAUGCCUGCUUUGGGAUGUCGAACUAUGUGAGCUCGCUGGAGCACGCCCAAGCACAGCUCACUCUGUCCUACAACCAGCGUGGAGACCUGGCUGUGUACCUGAUCAGCCCCAUGGGCACCCGCUCCACCCUCCUCGCCCCCAGACCUCACGAUUACUCCUCGGAGGGGUUUAGCGACUGGGCAUUCAUGACCACCCAUUCCUGGGACGAGGACCCUCGUGGGGAGUGGACACUGGAGAUAGAGAAUGCCUCCGGAGCCAGCAACUAUGGCACCCUGAGGAAGUUCACCCUUGUUCUGUACGGGACCGGCUCCAACUCCCCCAACUUCUCCACAUCCAGCUCCAGCCAGCCCAGGAGCAGCAGCUGCAAAACCCUCAACGCCAACCAGAUCUGUAUAGAAUGUAGCCCAGGAUCCUUCCUGUUCCAGCAGGGCUGCGUGAGGGAGUGUCCUCCUGGCAUGACACCCGGAACAAAAUCCUCGGACACGCCCCUUGAUAACUGGUCCGAGCCGUCCCUUGUGCAAGCCUGCCUCCAAUGCCACACCACCUGCCUCACCUGCCAUGGGCCGGGCCCCACAGACUGCCUGUCCUGUCUGCCUCACAAUCACCUCAACCCCGCCUCAGGAACCUGCACUCACCAGAACCAGAUCCAGCGGGAGUCCCCCGACUCCCCUGUGGGGAGCAGCAGCACUGACACUAGUUCCUCCCCCUGGGAGCUGUCCUCUCGCUUGCCUGUCGUCGUGGCCGUGCUGAGCUGUGCUUUCAUCGUUGCCUGCUUUGUGGGAGUCUUCCUAAUGCUUCAGAUCUGCUCUGACAACUCCCCCUGGAGGAUGCAGAAGAAACUGCACUCCCUGGAGUCCAUGGGGGGUGUUGGUGGGCUGGGCUGGGGUGGGAUCAUCUCAUACAAGGGCAUCCCCUCAGGGGUGUGGAGGGAGGACGGGCCAGCCUCUGAUACAGAGGACGAAUUUGAUUUUCACGAGAGGACUGCCUUCAUCAAAACACAAAGUGCCCUUUAACCAACCUCCUGCUCCCACCUCUUCUUUCUUUUUCUUUUUCGCAGCCACCAUUUCAUAGAUGGCUCAGAUGAAUUCUUUAUAGGGGUGCUGGGGGAGAAUAUGGCUUCAAGAAGUGGUAAAACUAGGGAGUGAUAGGAAUUUGACUGAUGAAUUUUGAGAAUGGGCUGACCUCCCUUUUCCAGGGCAAAGGGAUUUCCUCACUGGUCCUUGCCUGUAAUUUUUCACUACAAAUAACCCUCCUCUCCCUGAAGCCAUUCUCCUGUUUCAUGGUGAUGGCAGAGCCAGCGGUUUCUGUUCAUGAUCGCACUACAAAGGCUGCUUCAUGGAGCACCCCUGUGCCCUGGCAAAGCUUGGACUAGUGCUAGUCAGAGGAGUUGCAUUAAAUUGUGUGGUGUGUGCAAAUGUAUGUUUGUGAAUAUAUAUUUAUACAUUUGAAUGCAUUACACAGUGCUUGUACUUCCUGCAAAAUAUAUAAAUUAUUACAGACCUGUAUCUAGCUGCAGCAAAAUCCUACUAGUGCACACUUCCAAAUAUAUAUAUAAUGUAACGCCUACAUGUGGAACACAAGGAACAACCUCAAGCUGCUAUAGAAGAUGCUUCUAGUCUGUCAAUUUGUGAUUUAUCAUUUCCUAGAGCACACUAUUCAUUUACUCCUUGUUUUAAAUGUGUAUUAUAGAAUCCAAACCCUAGUUGUAAUUUAUUGAACGCACACAUACAUUAGUCACCGUGGAGCAGCGGGAGCAUCUGCAUAAUUAAUACAUCAAUAAAGGAAAUCUGUCAUUCUUGGUUUUUCUCACUCAUCGGUCCACACCUAUCAUCAAGUUGAUUUACCUAAGCAAUGGAAAUGUAGCACUAGUGUGGGGAUUCUCAUUGUUGUGUAUUGAAAAUGGUGUGGGUGUAUAAUUGUAGUUAUGACUGAUACAGUGGAGAUAUUUGUGGGGGGUGGUGGAGCAUCCUCAUUCCGAAGCAGUGGGGUGGGAGAAAACCCUGAUGUUCUCCCUUUGUUUAUUCUUUUCCUGAUUGGAGCUGUUUAUUAUGAAUGCUGUGAUUCACCCAGGUUGUACUUCUUCCCAUCCUGUAAUAAAGAAUUCAAGAAGGCCAGCCUUAAACAGUAGCUCUAAUCAAACACAACUGGAGGGAGGGGAGAACGCUGCAUUUCGUUAGAGUGCAUAAUCCUGCUUUGUUUCUCAAGUGGAUUUGAAAGGAGGUGGGUGGGGGGGGGCCCUGUUCCUUUCCUUUUCCUAUACUUGUAGUGACGGUUUAUAUUACCUGUGUUUUUGACAGAUCUCUUUGUUUGAACUAGUAGCAAACAACUUUUGAUUCCUAAAAUGUAUGAUCUUGACCGUUACCAGGUUUGUUUUAUUGGGGGGGAGGGGGGAGGGGGGGGAUUUCCCUUUUGACAAAACAGGAUGCAAGUUCCCUUUUUUUUCUGCACUGUUGAAGCUUUAGAGCCUGAAACAAAGUGUGGGGUCUUGGCUUUGGAAUCCAAGGCAGAGUAUGAGAAGUCUAGCACCUCCUUGACCUAACUGACUUCUCACUUCUGCUAAAACGUCCUUCCAAACUAACUUUAAAUGCAGCAGAUUUCUAAUCCUAAGAGAAACCCCCCGCAAUGACUUGUUUAAUUGACCAGGGCUCCCAAGUAUUGUGUGCGUGCACAAUCAUCUUCAAAGACUGGUACUGUCUGGCUCUGGUUCUCUGUAACUCCUUGGACUGACUUCUAAGCUUCUGUCUCUUGAAUCAAGCCAGCCUUCUUUCUCUCUGAUUCUCAUGGUGAGAUUGGCUGUGUCUCUCUCUCUCUCGGAAUACUUUAGGGCUGGUGAUUUAUAAUAUAAUUAUGUAUGACUGCCUGAGAAAAAAACAGGCCUAUUUUUGUACUAUAUCUGGUGCACAGUAAUUCUUGUAUUGUGUAAUUUAAAUUGCUCUUUUUUCUUCCUUUAUUUAAUGGAUGUGGAUAUGCUGAUUUAAGAAUAGAUUCUAAGUGAAAUAAAUAUAUCAAUUUAUGCAAA